CUGUGGAGCAGCGCAGCAGGAGGAACAUUCCAAGCCGAAUCGAAAAGAAACCAUGAACGGCCUACCGCAGAGCAAACACUACAAUCUGACGCACUACCAGCAGAGAUACAACUGGGACUGCGGCCUCUCCUGCAUCAUUAUGAUACUCUCCACCCAGCAGCGGAACGAGAUGCUGACCAAUUUCGAGAACAUCUGCAGGGAGGAGGGCUUCGGGUCGAGCACAUGGACCAUUGAUUUGUGCUACCUGCUGCUGCGCUACCAAGUGCGUCACGAGUACUACACACAGACCUUGGGCAUCGAUCCAAAUUACAGCCAGCACACGUACUACUCGAAAAUCAUUGACAAGGACGAGAAGCGCGUGACGCGCAAGUUCAAGGAUGCCAAGGCCCAUGGGUUGCGCGUGGAGCAGCGCACCGUUGACAUGGAGGUGAUACUCAGACAUCUGGCACGCCACGGCCCAGUCAUCCUGCUGACCAAUGCCUCGGUGCUCACCUGCGAGAUAUGCAAGCGGAAUGUCCUGGAGAAGUUCGGCUGUUUCCAUAUUCCUUGCAUUGCCCAAAAUACACGCCUGCCCGCGGCCACCAACAAAAGGUAUGCCGGUCACUAUGUGGUGCUCUGCGGCUAUGACAUGGCCACCGAGAAGGUCUUCUACCACAACCCAGAGGUGCACGAUGGCCAUAUAUGCCGCUGCCUGACCGAUUCCAUGGACACGGCACGUCGCGCCUAUGGCACGGACGAGGACAUCAUCUUGAUAUUUGAGCAGAAGGCCAGCAAGGAAUAGAGGAAUAGAGUGGAGCCUCUGCUGCUCAUCGUAAUCGUAGUACCUGCCCAGCAGUUGCCGUGCUUGAAUGAAGGAUGGAUCUGCGCUUUGUGAUAUUAUUGGAUAGGAUAGGACACAACUGAACGAAUAAUUCGCUUCAAUUCGAUUGGAUUUGGAUUGGAUAUGAAGUAUGGAUAUGGACUAUGGUUUGGCUAGGCUUGGCUGCUACGUUGUCGAAGCGAGUCAUUUUGGUUUGGCACAACAUUGGACUUUAUUUGAGUUUAGUUUAUAUCAUUGAUACGCGCGCGGCUUCUGACGCAGUUGGUCCCCAU